UUGUGAAUCAAUUAAUUUAAUUCUUCAUUCCAUGCUCAUAAUGCGGCGGAAUAAUUAAGCCUUCAGAAAUUUACAGUUUUAAAUUUUUCUCUUUCAAAGGUCUAAUAAUCACCAGGUCAACGGCACACCAGAACUGAACCCCCUUUCAAACUUCCCCUCUAUUCCCUAGCUGCUAUUUGGAUCUUCAGCUCGCCCUUUCGAAUAAACAAAUUAUGUCUUUCUUCGCUUUUGGCUCCUUCGAGUAGGGCCUUUUGUUUUUCUUGAAUCUUUCGGUCAAUCCAAUGGAACUCAGAUUUGAGUUUCUUGUUCUCUUCUUUUUCUCCUCGCUGGCUUCAAUUUUUGUCAUCGCCAAAGCACAGUGUAGCGAGACUUGUGAUUUUGCUCUUGGUUCUUACUAUGUUCGGAAUGGUUCGAACCUCACUUACGUUUCGAAGGUGAUGAAAUCCCAGUUGCUUUCAACCCCAGACGAUAUCGUAAACUACAACAAAGACAAAAUACCCAAUAAAGACAGCGUUCCAGCACUCACAAGAGUCAACGUUCCCUUCCCAUGUAAGUGCAUCAAUGGUGAAUUUUUAGGCCACACGUUUCAAUAUGUUGUUGAGACAGGGGACACCUACGAGAAGGUUGCUGUGACAAACUAUGCCAAUUUGACCACUGUUGACUGGUUGCGGAAGUUCAAUAGCUACCCACCCGACAAUAUUCCUGACACGGGAACCUUAAAUGUCACGGUUAAUUGUUCCUGCGGGAAUAGCGAUGUCUCAAAGGAUUAUGGGUUGUUCAUCACGUACCCACUUAGGCCAGGGCAGACGUUGCAGUCAGUGGCAGGAGAAGCAGGUCUUGACACCGGACUACUGCAGAGGUACAACCCGUCUGUGAAUUUCAACCAAGGAAGUGGUCUGGUUUAUAUUCCGGGCAAAGAUCAAAAUGGUACCUUUGUGCCUCUUCUGUCAAGAAAGGCUGGAGGUCUUGCUACUGGGGCUAUAGUUGGAAUAUCCAUUGGAGUAGUAGCAGGGCUUCUGCUAUUGGCAGUUGGUAUAUAUAUUGGCUAUUCUAGAAAGAAAAAGGCACACAAGGUGAAAUUACUCUCGCAAGAGUCCAAAGGUCUCACUUCUCAGGAUAGGAGAGAUACAACCUCUGGUAAUGGUGGAAAUGGAACUUCAGGAUCUGGUGGUCCUGUUGCUCCUAUUGCUGGCAUUGCUGGCAUUACAGUGGACAAAUCAGUAGAGUUUUCAUACGAAGAACUAGCUACUGCCACAAACAACUUCAACAUGGCUAACAUGAUUGGUCAAGGUGGUUUUGGUGCUGUCUACUAUGCUGAGCUGGGAGGCGAGAAAGCAGCAAUCAAGAAGAUGGAUAUGCAGGCAACAAGAGAAUUUCUGGCUGAAUUGAAAGUCCUGACUAAUGUUCAUCACCUUAAUUUGGUGCGUUUGAUCGGCUAUUGCGUUGAGGAUUCUCUUUUCCUUGUCUAUGAGUACAUUGAGAAUGGAAACUUAAGUCAGCAUCUCCGAAGUUCAGGGAGAGAUCCACUGCCUUGGUCUACCAGGGUGCAAAUUGCUCUGGACUCAGCAAGAGGUCUUGAAUAUAUUCACGAGCAUACAGUGCCAGUAUAUAUCCAUCGUGACAUAAAGUCAGCUAAUAUAUUAAUAGACAAAAACUUCCGUGGCAAGGUCGCAGAUUUUGGAUUGGCAAAACUGACUGAAGUUGGCAGCUCAACACUUCCCACUGGUCGUCUUGUGGGUACAUUUGGAUAUAUGCCACCAGAAUAUGCUCAAUAUGGGGAUGUUUCUCCUAAAAUAGAUGUCUAUGCUUUUGGAGUAGUUAUCUAUGAACUUAUUUCUGCGAAGGAAGCUAUCAUCAAGAUAAAUGAAUCAAUCACAGACUCAAAGGGCAUCGUAUCUUUGUUUGAUGGAGUUCUUAAUCAACCAAAUCCAACCGAAGAUCUUCGCAAAUUGGUGGACCCAAGACUUGGGGAUGACUACCCUAUUGAUUCAGUUCACAAGAUGGCCCAACUUGCCAAAGCAUGCACGCAGGACAAUCCCCAGCUGCGUCCAAGUAUGAGAUCUAUCGUUGUUGCUCUUAUGACACUUUCUUCUGCCACUGAGGAUUGGGAUGUUGGCUCCUUUUAUGAAAAUCCAGCUCUUAUGAAGCUCAUGUCUGGAAGAUAGCAUGAUGAAGCAAUUCAUGUCUUGUCUGUAAAUGGGUGUAAUGUAAAAGAAAUCGAGUAUAUUAUUGGUUUGGUUUCCAAAAGAUGCAAGCUUUCUCAAUUUGAUAUUUUCCCUAUUUCUGAAUCUAGUGUUUCACUUUCAAAUUUUUCCUCAGUUUAGUUCUUAUGGUAACCUGAAUUAGGUGUUCUCAGGCACAUUACUAACGUAUGAACAAGAUACGUGUGAUGUGAUGGAGAACUGAUUUUGCCAGUAAUUUUGAUAUGCAAGCUUCAUCUGAGUUGAGCA